AAACAAGGAAAAGGAAGAUGAUUAAUCAGCACGGAGUAACAAUCCUGCAGCAGCAGUCAGAUGGUCCAGGAGGAAGAGUAUUAAAUGGAUGGGACUAUGUGAUAUUUGCCACAGGGAUAAUACAGACAAUACUUUAUAACUGCUAAAGCAUAUUUGUUGAAACCAUCUAUCCUUUCAUGCAAACCUGUGAACAAAAAACCCAUUCUUCAAACUGCAUUCUUAAUCUUAGCAGAUUUUCUACAUCUGUUAGUAAAAAUGUUGGCAGCCUUUUGGAAAUCCCAAAGCUAGAAUAAGAAUCUAUAUUUUCUAGUAAAUAAUAAGAGAAUGAUGUUUUUGUAAUGACAACCACUGUAAUCACACUAAAUUACAAAUAUCAGCUUUUUUUAAUGUGUGCUCUGUAAUCAAUGUGCCUCUUGGAUUCAAUCCCAUUUCUGGUGUUCAUAGACAGGUUCACAAGGCAUGGAGAGGAGGGUGUAUGCUUUUGGAAUCUCAGGGUCUCCAUGUUGCGUUUGCAGAUUAUGUUGUUUUAUUGCCAUCUUCAAGCAAUGAACUUCUGCUAGAGCGCUUUAAAAAAGGCGUAAAGUGGCCAGGAUGAGCGUCGGCUCCAAAAAGUCUGCGGUCAUGCUUCUCAAUCAGAAAAGGCUAGAGGGUUUUCUUCCAGUAGUUGCUGAGGGUGUGUCUUCCACUGCAGGUUAACUGGACUCAGCCUUAGAUACAGAGCAAGCUUAUGCUCCUCUCCAUAGACAGGAGUCCGCUGAUGUGGUUCAUCUGAUCAAAAUGCCUCCAGUAGAGAAGACAGAACAGAAACCCAGAACUCACUGGAGGCACGACAACCUGGGAUGGAUGAUAGCCCUGCAAAUGACUUAAAUCUGGUUCCUUUAUAAAUGGUUUGCAGCUACUGGACAAAAGGCCAAAAAGAUAAAACAAUAAAAUAAAAUUGAACAGCUAAAGGUGCAUUAUCUUUAAUCUCUUCUUGCAUCUGCAUUCUGUCUCCUCAUUGAUUUCACACUAAUCAGCAUUCAGAACUGAAAGGAAAUGUGAGCUGCUCAGACUCCUACAAUGACUUGUCCUGAUGUGGCGAGCAGCAGCAGCUUCAGUCUCAGCUCAUGAAGUCACUAAACAUAAAUCUAACCACACACGAGCAUUUAGAGGUCUGAGGCUGAGGAUCAUAAUGAUAAUCAGACACAGCACGCCUGUUAUUACCAGAUUCAGGUGUUAUGACACGUGUACAGACACAAACCAACAUGUGCUAUAUCUGUGAGGACGCUGUUGAACCAAAGUGAAUGACCCAAGCUGAACCCUAAAAUCAGGCACAUACCAUCUCCGUCACCACAUUUACCCCUUAUGGUUUAAAUAUCUGGCUGUUGGAAUAGUGUCAUAAUGUUACAAAUUACUUUCUCUAGGUGCCUCAAACAGUACGUCCAGGAUAAAGUGUGCCCACAGAGCAGUGACUGGCCUCAGUAAGGUGGUUUAAACCUCAGUUUGUCCACUCAAACACACACAGGAUAUUGGAUGUUCAGGCCGUGUUGACUUUCCAGUCACCAGAUAACUGUGUGUGUGUGUGUCUGUCAUCAUCGCCAUCACCUCAGCAGGUGAUGGACAUGUAGGCCAUGGUAACUGUCUCUGUGGAGACAUAAUCACAGGGCAAGACACACCUCAUGUAGUCCUUAUUCAGCAAGGCAGGCUCAGAUGGGGAGAACACAUGUAAGAUCAGUGAUGGACAUCAAGAGCCAGCUCUGAACUCUGAGUGGAAUCUUUGCUUCUUUUGAUUUACGGGAAGACUAAAUGUGACUAAACUGUGGCAGCAAGGACCAAAACCUGGAGUUGAACAUCAGGUAACACAUGAUGACUGAGAUCUUUCUAUCUGAGCUAUACACAGGGCUAACGACUGAUGGCGGACAUAUGGCAGACCUGUGUUAUUAAGUUUGGAAACCAGGUACUGAAUCGUACUGCGAUUACUCAUCAUUAUGAAUGACUGAAAAGUUGCUGAAGUCGGGUGAAACAAGCCGUCACAGCUUUUUAUUUUAUGCUUCUACCUACUCUGAGCCAAAAGAGGAAAAGCCAUCUCCGUGGACCAGAACUUAUCUCAACCCUGCUGAUCGCUGCUCACACCAUCUGAACUGUAGGACAACUAAAGUCCUCCAAGAGCUGUCAUCAAAAAAAAAAAAGGCAAAGACUGCGUUUCUUUUUUCUCUUUACAGAUUGCGAUACACCAACAUCCGGUUUCUGCGACUUUCUGGACGACAAAAAUGUAACUAUAAUCUACUCUCGUUUUUUAAAGAAAACUUCCUUUGCGGAGUGAGAAAAUACCAUCCAGAAAGCUCAGUGGCUCCAUGAGUGUGGAGGAAAGUGGCGUGGCGCUGGUGGUCGGUCAUAAAGAAGCAGCAGAGUUAGUGCUUACAUGUAGCACCUUAUCAGAGCUGCAUAUGUGAUCAUCUAGAGAUGGAGGGCGCUCUGAGGGUGCUGUACGCUGUGCUCAUGGUUCUGUCAGGUACAGUAGCCGUCUGUGGAAACCUUUGUAUUCUGACCGUAGUACUCCUCAACAGAGAGCUUCGGACCGACACGCUGGGCCUCACCUUGAGCUUCAGUCUCAGUGACCUGGCUACUGGACUCGCCAUCAUUCCCUUUGGAGUGCACAACAGCCUGACCUGGCCUGAUGUAUACCCCAGCAAAGGUGCCAUGUGUCAAGGGAGCGGCUUCCUCCUUCUCCUCUUACAGUCCUCUUCUAUUCAGUCCCUCACCUGGGCCACAGUGGACAAGUUCACAGCGAUCUGCUUUGCCCUUAGUUACCAGAGCAUCUGGACCACCCGGAGGAGCGGGGUCCUGCUGGCCCUCAUCUGGCUGUUCUGCCUACUGAAUGCCUGUCUGCCCCUGCUGGGUUUCGGCAGCUAUGCUUACAGUGAGUCCCGGUUUCUCUGCUGUCUAGAAUUCACUCCUGAAAACAGGCCCUUUGUGAUGCUGUGGAUGGUGGCUAGCAUCGUGGUGCCGAUCCUCACCAUGUGCUCUCUGUACGGAUACAUUGUCUACAUUGCCAGGAAACAGGCUAGAAGAGGAACUUUUGUGUGUAAUGAGUUGCACUGCUUCUAUGUUCCUGCAAACAAUUACCUGAGGAGCUCCAUUGUGAUGGUCACCACCUCAGUGUGUUUGCUGGUCUGUUGGCUGCCGUACAUUUCAGUCUGUCUGUACGAGACGUUCAGCGGUCAGCAGAGUCAAGGAUUCACCUCGGCCCUGUCUACCUGGCUGGUUCUCACCAGUUCUGCCCUCAACCCCUGGAUCAUCUGCAUGACACAGAACAGGUACAGGUCAGCAGUGCAUCAGAGUCUUGGCAGAUUUUAUCAGAGGUGUUCUGGGAUGUUUCUGCAGCUGCAUUUCCAGAAUUCUGUUGUCCAGCUGAACACAGCCAGUCCCACCACAGCAACAGCAACCACAGCUGAAACUCGGCUGGCAUGACAGCCAGCUGCACCUACACCUCACCAGCUCGCCGGUGACCGGCUUGUCUGACCUGACAGAAUCUUUAU